GUGUGUAUUUCAUCUUCUACCCAAGGUUACAAGAUCCUGUUUCUAAGCAGCCAACUCUUUCAGUUGUCCUUUCCCUGCUUUACUGUAGCUUUCUUUCCAUUGGGUCCAAGAGGACAGAGACAGUCCUUCCUGACACUUAUUUUAUUAUUGGGAUGUUAGGGUGGUACAUAUUCAACCCCAACCAAGGAGGGCAUCUCUUUAGGAAACUUAUAAAGAAGUUCAGUGGGGGUGGGAAACUCACAAGAAUCUCUCAUCAAUUCUAUUCUAGAGGUCCAACAAGAUGGUGUACAGAUGGAGGGGAAGCAGAAAUUCCAAAGGAAACUCACUUCAGAAGUGACAUUCAGGAAGAAAAGUUCAAACAGUAAGAAAAGCAGUGAGUGUUCUUUUUUGGAGAAGAAAAAUGUCCAUUCAAAACACGUUCCUUCUGAAAAAAGAUUGCAUAAAUCCAAUUUGUAUGGGAAGAACUUGAAUCAGAAUUUAGACUUACCCAGUCAGAUUAAAAUCUCUGCGAAAAAGAAACCCGAUACAGCUAACGAAUAUAGGAAAUCACUCAGCCAUUCUGCAUCCGAUGUGAACAGAGAUGAAAUUUCAACUAGAAAGAAAUGAUGUGACAAGUCACCCAACAAUAAAUUGUUUGGUAAAGGUGACAAAAACCAAACAGGCAAGAAAUGUGAGAAAGUAUGCCGUCAUAGCGCGUCCCAUACCAAGGAAGACAAAAUUCAUACCGAGGAGAAACGGAAAUCACCCUGCCAUAGUCCAUCUAAAUCCGACAAGGCUCCAGGCUCUGGGAAACCUUAUGAAUGUAAUCAAUGUGGGAAGGUCCUCAGCCAUAAACAGGGGCUCCUUGACCAUCAAAGAACUCAUACCGGGGAGAAACCAUAUGAAUGUAACGAAUGCGGGAUAGCUUUCAGCCAAAAGUCCCACCUUGUCGUACAUCAGAGAACUCACACUGGGGAAAAGCCUUACGAGUGUGUCCAGUGUGGCAAAGCCCACGGUCACAAACAUGCCCUCACUGACCACCUGAGAAUCCAUACCGGAGAAAAGCCCUACAAAUGUAACGAAUGUGGCAAAACCUUUAGGCACAGCUCAAACCUUAUGCAACACAUAAGAUCUCACACGGGCGAGAAGCCGUACGAGUGUAAGGAGUGUGGCAAAUCCUUCAGAUAUAAUUCAUCUCUCACCGAACAUGUGAGAACACACACGGGCGAAAUACCCUAUGAAUGUAAUGAAUGUGGCAAAGCUUUUAAGUAUGGCUCAUCCCUGACUAAACACAUGCGAAUUCAUACAGGCGAGAAGCCAUUUGAAUGUACUGAGUGUGGGAAGACUUUUAGCAAAAGGUCACACCUAGUUAUACAUCAGAGAACUCACACGAAGGAGAAACCUUAUAAAUGUAACGAGUGCGGCAAAGCCUUUGGACAUAGCUCAUCUCUUACCUACCAUCUGAGAACUCACACCGGGGAUUGCCCCUUUGAAUGUAAUCAAUGUGGUAAGGCCUUUAAGCAAAUUGAGGGCCUUACUCAACACCAGAGAGUUCAUACAGGAGAGAAACCCUAUGAGUGUGUCAAAUGUGGAAAAGCCUUCAGUCAGAAGUCACACCUCAUUGUACAUCAGAGAACUCAUACAGGGGAGAAGCCCUUUGAAUGUUAUGAGUGUGGAAAAGCCUUCAAUGCAAAAUCACAACUUGUUAUUCAUCAGAGAUCCCACACUGGAGAGAAACCCUAUGAGUGUGUUGAAUGUGGUAAAGCCUUCAAACAAAAUGCUUCUCUUACCAGACAUAUGAAAACUCACUCGGAAGAGCAAUCUCAGGAGGAAGAUUAAUGUGGGAACUCUGACAGCUGACAGGUUUGGUAUUGUUUAACCUUCAAGAUGGUCUCAGUUUGAUGAUGUUAGAGUCUUUUUGUAAGAGUAUGAAUCUUUACAUGAGAUCAUUAGAUGGUAAUAAAGUUUAAACUUCAUCCUAAAGCUUUACAGGAAAUACUGUGUUUUUACACUUGUUACAAAUUGUCUCCAUAUUUAGAUUAAAAUAGGAAACUCUUAAGAUUGUGAACAAGGAGAUGAGGGGAUAGCGUAAUCAGUAAAAGCUUGUUAAGCGGUAUAGAGAUCUGAAUCCCAUCCCUAGGACCCACGUCAAAAUCUAGAUGUGCUGCUGUGCUCUUGCAACCUCAUAAUUGGGAAAGUUGAGACAGGAGAAUCUCCUGAGACUACCUGGCCAACCAGACUUGCUUAAUUUACAAGCCAUAGGUCAGAGGGAAAACCUUUUAAAGACAGGGUACAGUGCUCCUGAGAAAUGGUACUCGUGUUCACACACACACACACACACACACACACACACACACACACACACACACUCAUUUGUGAAAAUGUUAAUUAGGGCAACAAACGAUAAAAUAUAAUAAUUCAUGAACUUUUUAGGCGUGUGCUUAGCCACCACAAUUAGUAUUUAAUUUGCAUUUACGCUUACUGCAUACUAGGGCCUGUGUAAAAUACAGAUGAGGGUACCCUCUGGUAACGUAAGCUUUCUUUGUUUAUGUCUUCGUUAGCUUCUGAAUUAAUAGAAAACUUUGGGGAGUUGUUUUGUUUUGUUUUGUUUUGUUUGAGACAGAAUCUUACCAGCCUGGAACUUGUUAUGUAGACCAGGCUGACCUUGAACUUGUUAUGUAGACCAGGCUGGCCUUGAACUCACAGAGAUGUGCCUGUUUCUGCCUCCCAAGUGCUAGAAUUAAAGACUUCAAUAGAAAACUUUGAGAGGUUUUGUCUAAAUAUUGUUAAUAAGAGUUGAAUAAAAAUGUGGAAAACAGCUGGGAAUGUGUUGUAGUGAAUGCUACGUGCUAUAUCGUUUCAGUACAGAAAUCAGAUUGUUGAACAGUGUAUAUAGUAUGUUCUCACUGUGGACAAAGACUGUGUAUGUGUGUCUGUCUUUUUAUGCCUCUGUGUACAUGUAUAUGCAUUUAUACCGAUAUAUUUGUAUAUGAAUAGACUUGGUUUUUUUAACCUAGAAGAAAAUAGGGGCUACCACUGAACACAGGAGUGCAGCAUGGAUGUCUGACAUUUUUAUCAUGUACAUGAGACUUAUUCAAAUAUAUAUCACAUUAAAAUACUUUUAUAUGUACAAAUUAACACAGUUUAAAAAUAGAGCCGAGUGUAUUCCACAGUGUUAUUUGACAAAGUGACCUGAGAUUUCUAUACUCAUUUAUGAAGGAGUUUGAAGUAUGGUAUUAAACCUCGAUAUUCAUAAAGAGUUUCCUAUAGAACACAGAUUUUGUUAACAUGACUCAUAACUGUAACUACUUUAUUUCUCUUGUUUGCUAUUAAAAACUAAAGAUGGA